AUGCCUGCGUGGCUCGUCGAUACUAUCAACCGAGGCCGCUCAACUGGUGCCGCCCCUUCGAUCGCCGUCCCGGACAGUGCCCCACCGGGCCCCGCUGUCGACGGCUGUGGCGAAGUUGACCAGAAUCUAGCAUCAGAAGAUGAGCCGGUCCAGCCAACCAGGCCGGUCGAGUUGGUUGCGGCGGGUGCGAAGCCUGUGCCAUUUUUGCAAGAUGGCUCGCUCGUGCGAGAGCUCCAGAAGCUGUUAAAGGAGAAGGCGAACGAUUCGUCGAGCACGUACGGCAGCUCGCUCCCCCACGGUCUAUAUGGUACAUUUUACUGCUUCCGCACAACCGGGCCCAGGACGUGCUUCUUCGGACGCGAACACUCCGGCAGUAAUAAUUUCAACCUCCUGAAGCGCGGGCGCGACGUAUUCUACCGCUGCCAUGGUGAUCUUUGUUCCCACGAGCCGGUAAGAAAGCUGGGCGAGCUGACCCUAGAGGCUGGGCUCCAAGACGCUACCAACGAAGCGGUCUCCCCCCAGGAUCAGAUGAACCUCUUUAGGAAGUACCGGGAACAAGGUAAGAGCCAAUUUCUCGCCUUUGUUGCCGAAGUCGCCAGGGACGGAAAUGGAGAGCCUUUUGCAGGUCUGGCCAAGAUCUUCAGCCACAUCUACAAGAUCGAAGGCCGCAUAUUGAAUACGGGAGAUAGGAAGACCUUUUUCUACUGGGAUGGCCGCGGUUGGGUGGAGGACACAUGUAAUAAGGUCUUGAGCGUCUUUGCGGCUCAGAUGGGUGCCCUCUUGAGCUGGUACGGGAUGGAAUUUGUGGUACUUUUCAAGAAGCUCUUUGCUGACAAGCUGUGCGAAUCGAAUCCAGGUCUCAAGGAUCUCGAUCAAGCGACAUUGCAAAAACACGUGCAAGAUCCAAAAAACAAGCUCCUCAGGGACGAAUGCAAGCAGCUCGCAGGGAAUAUACUCCCGGAGAUUAGAUUCAACGUGCAGGAUCCGACAAUUGUCAAGAAGUGCCUUCACUACGUCGUAACGGACCUCUACGUCUCCGAUCUGUCGUCGCACAUGAACGAGAAUCCAUUGCUCGUGAAUUUUCAAAACGGUGUCGGAUACAUCCCCACGGGCGAACUCAUGAAGCCGCACCCGUCGCACCUCUGCAGCCUCGUCGCAGGAGGCGAAUACCAUGCCAAACCUACCGGAACACGAUCCAAGUUUAAGGAAUUCCUGCUGGAUAUCGCGAAUAACGACGAGGAUGUCGUGCGCUGGAAGAUUCUUUAUUUGGGGUACGGUAUGUCCGGAUAUACGGACGAGGAGAUCGUCAAUUUCUGGUGGGGCGAGGGGGGGAACGGGAAGGGAGCUUUGAAGCAGGCCAUACUCGCAGCUUGGGGCGAGUAUGCAAUCAUCUGCUCGAAGCACAUAUUCAUGAAGACGAAAGACGACACUGCGAGUGCUGCAAGCAGCCAUCUGGCUCAAUUGAAAGGCGUUCGCUUCGGCCUUGCGGACGAAUUGGACGAUGGCCAGACCAUCAACGCAGCCACGAUCAAGGAGCAGACGGGAGGGGGGAAGAUAUCGGCUCGAGAGUUAUUCGAGAAGAUGAAGAAUUUCAUCCCGACCCACAAGCUGGUUCUGCUGACGAACAAUAAGCCUCGUAUCCCCGUGGAAGAGGUGAAUGCGGGCCUUCUCCGGAGGAUCGUUCUAGAGCCGUACUUGAAUCAAUACGUGGAGGACUCUGAGUAUAACCCAAACAUUCCACACCACCGAAGGGCAGACGUCGGUCUGAAGAUGUAUCUCGAAUCGAAAGAAGGCAUCGAGGACGUCAUCCGAGUCGCAUUCGAGGGCGCACGGGACUGGUACAAGAUACGAACAGCCAAAGAGCUAGAUGAAAGAAAGGCAACGGCCGAGAGAGAGACGAGAGAGUGGCAAGAGGCAAGGUUGGAGGAGCUCUGA